GUUAACGUUUCACUUUAAGCAGGAAGCUGUGCAAGACUUGAGUUUCCUUCUGUCACUCAGACAGAGCUGCGUCUCUCUCUCCUCUCAGGACGUUUCUUCCUUAUGAUGGCAAAUAGACACCGACUGCUGCUAGUCCUUCUCAUCAGCUGUGCUUAUGGAGCAGGUCUGGAAGACAAAAAAGGAGUUCUGGGGAAGAGUCCUGGAGUUCUGCUCGUGCCCGAGGCCUCCCCGGUACCUUUCGCCAUCUAUCAGUUUACAUCCAUGGUAGAAGGUGUUUCCUCGUAUCGUGUGAGUGGUGAGACACAUGGGAGGAUCAGCAUGUCCAAGGAUGGUUGGCUGUACCUGGAAGAACCACUGGAAUGGAGCCCUGGCAAAACACAUGAGCUAACCAUCGAGGCACUCUCUGAUGAUGAUGACGUCCUAGAUGGACCUCACACAGUUGUUCUCCAUGUUGUGGACAUCAACAACAAUCCUCCAGUUUUUGAUCAGAGCCAGUAUAGUGGAAGUCUCAGAGAACAUACACCUGCAGGCAUCCCCUUCGUGCGAGUCUUUGCGACAGACUCGGAUGACGCCGACACACCCAACGCUCAGCUGAGGUACAGCAUCGACAGCCAGAUCCCCAACCCAGCCGAGAGCCUCUACUUUACCAUCAACUCAGAGACGGGCGACAUUUCCACCACGGAGGAGGGGGCAGCAUUUCUGAAAGCCAGGACUGGGGUGGUGUACAGUCGCGGUGAGAUUCGGGGCAGCACUGAGGUUCUGAAAAGGAAGUUUGAUGAAUUCUGCUUUCCAAGAAACAAUGUGUCCCUCGAGGAAAACCCUUUCUUCACAUGUGUCCAGCAUGCUGAGAGCAGACAGCUAAAUGCUAUCCAGGACCCAGACUACACUCUGAUUGUCCGAGUGGAGGACUUAGGGGGCGGGGCUCCGAACGCUCUCAGCAGCACCACACGGGUCAACAUUGUCAUCACUCAAAAUUUCUGGGUCAGCCCGGGGCCAAUCAGCAUCAAGGAGAAUUUGAAAGCAGAAUACCCUAUGCUAAUUGCCACGGUGCGCUCUAAUGAUCCUAGUGCACUAUACCGGCUGGUUCAGAAGGAGAAGGUGAUUCCCUUUCCUUUCACCAUCAGUGAUCAUGGAGAGAUCCACGUCACUGGGCCUCUGGACAGAGAACAGAAGGACAUGUAUAUACUGGUGGUAAUAGCAGAGAAUGAGGAACAGGUUGAGCUAGACGUUCCUAUGGAGAUCCCAAUUCUAGUGGAGGAUGAGAAUGACAACAUGCCCCAGUGCCUAGAGGCUGAAAGUGUGCUCGAGGUACAGGAGAAUGAGGUAGUAGGCAGCCUUGUCGGUGAGCUGCAGGUUCAUGAUGCAGACCAGGAGAACACACUGAACUCCCUGCUGGACUUCACACUGCUGAGUCAGACCCCGGCUGUGCCGUCUGCCGCCAUGUUCUCCGUCGACCAGGCCCGUGGAACCAUCCAGGUGGCCAAUCACAACUUCCGCAGGAGUGAAGUUCCGGAAUACCGGCUCAGGAUCGCUGUGUCUGAUAGAGUUCACAGAACAGAGUGUGACGUUAUCAUCAAAAUUAUCGACCUCAAUAAUGAGGUCCCCAUCUUUGAGAGGAAUGAUUAUGGGAGAUACAGUGUUCCGGAGCUAGCUGAGCUGGGAACCACUCUCCUCAGGGUUAAUGCUACGGAUGCUGAUGACCCAGGAACAGGUAGCUCCAGGGUGGAGUACCACAUAACUGCGGGAGACCCGAACGGAGUGUUUGCCAUAGAGGUGGAUGAGGCAACGGGUGAAGGCAGGCUGUACAUCGCACAGCCUUUGGAUUACGAGGUUCAGUCUAUCUAUGAACUCCAGAUCGACGCCCGUAAUCCUGAGCCUCUAAUCCAGGGAGUUGAGUAUGACGCUCGCUCCACCGCUGUUGCCGUCAUAGAACUGGUGGAUGUGGAUGAGCCGCCGGUGUUUAAUGUGGACAUCCUGAACAUCAACGUCCCGGAAAAUCUCACUGUAGGAACCGCCAUCCUGACAGUUGAUGCCAAAGACCCAGAGGGACAGAAAAUCAUGUUCAAGUUGGAGGGAGACGACCACGGCUGGCUCGAGGUCGACGCGGACUCUGGGGAGCUGAGGACCAAAGCGGCCCUGGACAGAGAGCUGGCGGAGCAUCUUACAGUCCGAGUCAUCGUCUACGAGACAGAGGGUCAGAACCAGGCAAUGGAGAAGGAGGUAUCCAUCCACCUGACGGACGUGAACGACAACUUCCCCAAGCUGCAGCAGUCUAAGGGAUUCAUAUGCGUGAAGAAGCCAGAGCCCCUGCUGCUGACUGCUGAGGACGCCGACGGCCCAGCCUUCGGAGAGCCCUUCACGUUCACCCUGCCGACGGCACACAAGUCCCCCAACUGGGAGAUCGCGCCAGUGGAUGGUACCUCAGCUAAGCUUUCUCUAAAGAAGAAGCCCUCCAGAGACCACACCUAUAUGAUCCCCAUCAACGUCAAGGACAGCGCAGGCAUGGGUGUCACUCAGAAGAUUGAGGUGCGAGUGUGUAACUGUACUGAAUUGGGAUACUGUUAUGUGGAACCACAGUCUCACGCUUGGAAGUAUGGUACAUCCACCACCAUUGGCAUUCUAGGAGGAGUCGUCGGAUUUAUCAUUCUGUUCCUGAUCUUUGUAAUUUACCGCACCAAGAAGAAGGAUAAGAAGAGGAAGCAGACCAGCCCGGCCGAUGGGGAAGCCAGCGUCAUGCUGCCGCACCACACUUAGCCCUCAGCCGCGCGGGCACACGUGGACCCGCUUGCUGGCACAGCGUCCACGCUGCCUCCCUCUCCGUUUCCCAUUUCCCUCCCCUCCAAAGUUCAUGGAAGAGACUCUGCUCAUUUUAAGCUCAUUGUGCUUUUGCGCAUUCUUACUGUCAAAUAAUAUCAGUGUGUGGCGUUUUUUUCAUCACUACUGUAGCUCAUUCUGUUUGGGGGGAAUACCCACUGUGACUGAGGUUUGGUCAAAGCAGACUGGACUCAGAUGAUUGUUAGGUCCUUGAUAAAUGAAUUUUAUAGGUUAAAGCAAAGGACGUAUUAAACUGACAAUGUCACAGUGUCCUACGCUGAGUAACGUCUCAGACAAAUUACACCUUCAUUUAGCACUUGCCGCCCACUAAGUGUUCAGGCAGCUCAUAGAACAAAUGCUUGGGGAAAAAAUGAAAUACAAAUUACCCGAUGUAAUUAUGCUUUUUAAUUAACGGUUUAUCCUCUCUCCAUUAAAUCAUGUCUCAUUCCAUUUCCACCGCACAGCCUGUUCCCAAAUCACACCCCUUCCUGCCCAGACCCCACCCCUUCCUGUCCCGACCCGCCUCGCCUACUCUGCAGUGGGGGGCCUGUGAUGUCACUGCUGAUUUAGUUUGGUGAUUUUCUGAGUGUGAGUGGCGCAUAUUUGCAGGGCUACGCAGAAUCGUGUGCUGUUGGUGUGGAUGUGACCAGUGCUAUACUGUAAUGUGUGAUAAAUUCAUAUAUUUAUUCUCAUAAUCUAUAAUCAUUUUAAAGUGUUUGAAAUUCUUGCAAAGCUUUUUGUCCAAAGAGUUCACUAGUUCAGGGUAGAAUUGCUAAUCCAGAAUGGAAAGCCAACAUGAACAUGUAUCAUUCUGUUAAUAAAUAUCCAUUUUGACAUAGAA